GAUGUAGGUCCUAUGAGGACUGCUGUGACACCCAGUGCUGUGUGCGAGCCCUUUCCAUCCAAAAGAUAUGGUACUUCUGGUUGCUGCUUCUGCUGGCCAUUCUGCUCUGCUGUGGAGUAGGCAUGCUCUUCCGCAGGCGCAUACACACGUCUGACGUCCCUGAUGAAACACCAUUCAACGUGUCCUUCACCAGACAUUCCAUCUCUGCAACAGGUUUGCAGGACCUUGAUCUUCAAGGCUACAGUGGACCACAGGCUGGCAUGGUGUUCACUCCCCCUUACCCAGGGCCACACGCCCUCCACAUGCCCAUGCCCAUGCCCUACACCCCGCCCCCCGCCUACAGCAGCCAGCCCCCCCCACCCUACGAGCAGGCCGUGAUGAACUCACAGAAGAAAUAGCCCUGGAGGCUGCUUUCACUGGCGAGAAGUGGUGUAAAAGUCAACUAAGGCUGAAUACAUGGGUUCCACAUUUUGUUUAUAACCUGCCUGCGCGAACCUAGCUGCGCACAACUCAACCUCUGAUUGUUGGAAACCGCUGUCGGUCAAAACAUUAGCUCACGUGGUUGGCUGCCAGUGUCUUGCCCCUCCUCAUAACAUCGUGCUGAUAAACACUGAGAACCCAUGUAUAGAAGGGGGAGGGUUUUGUUUUGAUUUGUGGAGGAGACCCUGAGACCCAAGAAUUCUACUAAAAUUCUACACAUCCCCGAACACACUGAUGUUUUUCAAAUAACUCGACGUCAACUCAACUUUCAGACUUCAGUUUAACCUGAUUGAAUGCAACACGUAUUUUGUAAGACGUCUUUUUAGAACAGUAUUUGUAGCACUGAUUGUUAAGAUAACUAUCUAUAUUUCUGACAGUGUUAACUAUUUUUGUACACUCGAACUCUAUUAAA